CCGCUGAUUGGCUGGCCCGGGCGCAGCUUGAUGGCGUCGAGCUGGCGAACGGCGGUCCGGGCGGCUGCACCUGGGCGAAGGCUCCCUGUGUGAAGGGGCGGGUGGCCAGAGCGUGCGGUAGACUCGGGUGGCGGGGAGGGCCAGAGCCCUCCUUACGCCUCGCCAUGAGUUUUCUUAUCGACUCCAGCAUUAUGAUUGUCUCCCAGAUACUAUUUUUUGGAUUUGGGUGGCUUUUCUUCAUGCGCCAAUUGUUUAAGGACUAUGAGGUGCGUCAGUAUGUUGUACAGGUGAUCUUCUCUGUAACUUUUGGGUUUUCUUGCACCAUGUUUGAGCUCAUCAUCUUUGAAAUCUUAGGAGUAUUGAAUAGCAGCUCCCGUUAUUUUCACUGGAAAAUGAACCUGUGUAUAAUUCUGCUAAUCCUGGUUUUCAUGGUGCCUUUUUACAUUGGCUAUUUUGUUGUGAGCAACAUCCGAUUAUUGCACAAACAACGACUAGUUUUUUCCUGUCUUUUAUGGUUGGCCUUUAUGUAUUUCUUCUGGAAACUGGGAGAUCCGUUUCCCAUUCUCAGCCCAAAACAUGGCAUCUUAUCCAUAGAACAGCUCAUCAGCCGAGUAGGUGUGAUUGGGGUGACUCUCAUGGCUCUCCUUUCUGGAUUUGGUGCUGUCAACUGUCCAUACACUUACAUGUCCUACUUCCUCAGGAAUGUGACUGAUACAGAUAUUCUAGGCCUGGAACGGCGACUGCUCCAAACCAUGGACAUGAUCAUAAGCAAAAAGAAAAGGAUGGCAAUGGCACGAAGAACUAUGUUCCAGAAGGGGGAGGUGUAUAACAAACCAUCAGGAUUCUGGGGAAUGAUAAAAAGUGUUACUACUUCAGCACUGGGAAGUGAAAAUCUUACCCUUAUUCAACAGGAAGUGGAUGCUUUGGAAGAACUAAGUAGACAGCUUUUUCUGGAAACAGCUGAUCUAUAUGCUACCAAGGAGAGAAUAGAAUAUUCCAAAACUUUCAAAGGGAAAUACUUUAAUUUUCUGGGUUACUUUUUCUCCAUUUACUGUGUUUGGAAAAUUUUCAUGGCAACCAUCAAUAUCGUUUUUGAUCGAGUUGGGAAAACUGACCCUGUCACAAGAGGCAUUGAGAUCACUGUGAAUUACCUAGGAAUCCAAUUUGAUGUGAAGUUUUGGUCCCAACACAUUUCCUUCAUUCUUGUUGGAAUAAUCAUCGUCACAUCCAUCAGAGGGUUAUUGAUCACUCUUACCAAGUUCUUUUAUGCCAUCUCCAGCAGUAAGUCUUCCAAUGUCAUCGUUCUCCUAUUAGCACAGAUAAUGGGCAUGUACUUCGUCUCCUCAGUGCUGCUGAUCCGAAUGAGUAUGCCUCUAGAAUACCGCACCAUAAUCACUGAAGUCCUGGGAGAACUGCAGUUCAACUUCUAUCACCGUUGGUUUGAUGUGAUCUUCCUGGUCAGCGCACUCUCUAGCAUACUUUUCCUCUAUUUGGCUCACAAACAGGCACCAGAGAAGCAGAUGGCACCUUGAACUCAUGCCUACUGUAGACUAUUAAAGGUGUCAGAACUUGGAUAUAAGAGGUGGGAAAAAAGGAGGGGACCAAGGUCUAAUAUUUUUUAAACAAUGCUAUGGUAGUAUAUUUCACCCUACAGCAUACUCCUUUCUCAGAUGAUACUGUGAACGUAAGUAACAGCUAGAACAUGAAGCUAAGUAACUUAGGCAGUACUCAGCAGAGAGCAUCCUGCAUAGAUUUAAGGCUGGCGUAGCUCAUGGACGGGGGAAACGGGGGCAGAAGAGCCAAGAAACUAGUGGGGGAAAAUACACUGGAACUCUGGGGCAAGAGGUAUCCAUGGGAGCUGGGCCAAACACAUAGAUUUCUGUUUUAAGUCAAGGUUCACAUGGAAAAGGUCAUGGCUUUCCCUUGAGAUUGUCAGUAAAAAAAUCAAAGAUUAUAACA